UUUUGACGGGUUUGGCUUGGCCCGGCUGGAUUACUGAGUGUCCCCUCGCUUGCUCUCUCUCUCUCUCUCUCUCCCCCUUAUCCGUUAGUUCCCUUGCUUGCUCUCCUCUUUUCUUUCUUCUUUCUCUUUCUUGUCCUUUGCUCUUGGCUCCUUUAUUUUGGUGGUUCUUCUCGCACGCUCUGUCUUCCCUUCUCCCCUUCUCAUUCCCUCACUCCCUGGGCAUCUCUAGCACAGGGGGAUCCCCAACCAGCAGGACUUUUGGGGGGCGCCUGUGCUGUCCAUGGGAAGAGCAUGCAUUGUGGGUUACUGGAGGAACCCGACAUGGAUUCCACAGAGAGCUGGAUUGAAAGAUGUCUCAAUGAAAGUGAAAACAAACGUUAUUCCAGCCACACAUCUCUGGGGAAUGUUUCUAAUGAUGAAAAUGAGGAAAAAGAAAAUAAUAGAGCAUCCAAGCCCCACUCCACUCCAGCUACUCUACAAUGGCUGGAGGAGAACUACGAGAUCGCAGAAGGGGUCUGCAUUCCUCGAAGUGCCCUCUAUAUGCACUACUUGGAUUUCUGUGAGAAGAACGACACCCAGCCUGUCAACGCCGCCAGCUUUGGGAAGAUCAUAAGGCAGCAGUUUCCUCAACUAACCACCAGAAGACUCGGCACCCGUGGACAGUCCAAGUACCAUUACUACGGCAUCGCGGUGAAAGAAAGUUCCCAGUAUUAUGAUGUGAUGUAUUCCAAGAAAGGAGCUGCUUGGGUGAGCGAGACGGGCAAGAAAGAAGUGAGCAAACAGACAGUGGCUUAUUCUCCGCGCUCCAAGCUUGGGACACUACUGCCAGAGUUUCCAAAUGUCAAAGAUCUCAACCUGCCAGCGAGUCUGCCAGAGGAGAAGGUUUCCACCUUCAUUAUGAUGUACAGAACACACUGUCAGCGGAUCCUGGACACUGUAAUAAGAGCCAACUUUGAUGAGGUUCAGAGUUUUCUCCUGCACUUUUGGCAAGGGAUGCCACCCCACAUGCUCCCGGUGCUCGGCUCCUCCACUGUGGUCAACAUCGUCGGCGUGUGCGACUCCAUCCUUUACAAAGCUAUCUCGGGGGUGCUGAUGCCCACCGUGCUGCAGGCGCUGCCCGACAGCUUAACUCAGGUGAUCCGAAAGUUUGCCAAGCAGUUGGACGAGUGGCUCAAGGUGGCUCUCCAUGACCUACCAGAAAAUCUGCGCAACAUCAAGUUUGAAUUGUCGAGAAGGUUCUCCCAAAUUCUACGGCGACAGACAUCUCUAAAUCAUCUCUGCCAGGCAUCUCGCACGGUGAUUCACAGUGCAGACAUCACGUUCCAGAUGCUGGAAGACUGGAGAAAUGUGGACCUCAACAGUAUCACCAAGCAGACGCUCUACACUAUGGAAGACUCCCGUGAUGAGCACCGCAAGCUCAUCAUCCAGUUGUACCAGGAGUUUGACCACCUCCUAGAGGAGCAGUCUCCCAUUGAGUCCUACAUCGAGUGGCUGGACACUAUGGUGGAUCGGUGUGUUGUGAAGGUGGCUGCCAAGCGACAAGGGUCCCUGAAGAAAGUAGCCCAGCAGUUCCUCCUAAUGUGGUCCUGCUUUGGUACUCGGGUCAUCCGGGACAUGACCUUGCACAGUGCUCCCAGCUUUGGGUCUUUUCACUUAAUCCACUUGAUGUUUGAUGACUAUGUGCUCUACCUGUUAGAAUCCCUGCACUGUCAGGAGAGGGCCAACGAGCUCAUGCGUGCCAUGAAGGGAGAAGGCAGCACUGCAGAAGUUCAGGAAGAGAUUAUUCUGACCGAGGCGGCCCCAGCCUCCCCUUCUCCAGUGCCAUCGUUCUCUCCAGUGAAACCUGCCACAUCUGUGGAAGUGGCACCUCCCUCCUCUCCUAUGAGCAACCCAUCCCCUGAGUACACCGGUCUCAGCAAUACAGUCUCUGCAGGCGCCAUGCAGUCCUACACAUGGUCUCUGACCUACACGGUGACCACGGCAGCCGGAUCCCCUGCAGAGAGCUCCCAGCAGCUGCCCUGUAUGAGAAGUACCCAUGUGCCUUCUUCCUCUGUCACCCACAGGAUCCCGGUCUACCCCCAUAGAGAAGAGCACGGGUAUACAGGAAGCUAUAACUAUGGCAGCUAUGGAAACCAGCACACUCAUCCAAUGCAGAGUCAGUACCCAGCCCUCCCUCAUGACACGGCCAUCUCGGGACCGCUCCACUAUGCUCCUUACCACAGGGGCUCUGCACAGUAUCCUUUUAAUAGCCCCUCUUCCCGGAUGGAACCUUGUUUGAUGAGCAGUACUCCCAGACUGCAUCCUACCCCAGUCACCCCCCGCUGGCCAGAGGUGCCCACAGCCAACACGUGCUACACAAGCCCGUCUGUGCAUUCCACGAGGUACGGAAACUCUAGUGACAUGUACACCCCCUUGACCACGCGCAGGAAUUCCGAGUACGAGCACAUGCAACACUUCCCUGGCUUUGCUUACAUCAAUGGAGAGGCCCCCACAGGAUGGGCUAAGUGACUGCUACCAUAGGAAUCCAUAUUUAAUAUUAAUAAUUAUUAAUAAUAAUAAUAAACCCAACAGCUACCCCUCUCCCCUGAAGACUUUCUCUCUCUCUACAUCGUAAUAUGUGGACUAUUCCUAGGUGUCCAUUUUCCUAAUGAAUGUGAGUCUGGGAUUCAGUGUGGGAUGAAUAAUCUUUAGUUCAGAAACAGGAUUCACCAAAAGUCCAUGAGAUUGGAUUCCUGUAGCCAAGCCAGACUUGGCAGUUUCAUAGAGCACUGUCCCCCAGCAGGCCAACCUGUGCCUUUUGGCUUUGCUUUGUGUUGACAACCACUCCCAGUAAGUUACUUCUUUUCCGGUUCACAAAAACUCUUUAGUCUUGAAGGAUGGGUACUAGAGAUGGAAUCUGGUGUGUGUUCUUGGAUAGGCAGAUAAUUUGCCAAGAGCACUCAGCUUGCCAUCUUUCAUCUUCCUGUACAAUAAGCAGCUCUCAGAUCUGCUACACAUUCCUUUUCCUGGUCAUGUCAUCACGACUUCCCAGAGCACCAGGGUGAAAUGGGGGUGUAAAAAAAACCUCCAGAUUCCAUUUCAUACUCAAGUCUGUCACAUUCCCUGCAUUGUCUUGGAGUGUAAGCACUGUGUAGAGGGAAAAAAAGAGGCCUGUUAAGUACGCAUUAAGUUAAUUGAGGUUUGUAGGGGACUGGUUCUUCUACAGCUAAGUUUGCUAAGCUAAGUUUGUUCUAAGUUUGCACAAUGGCCAGUGUCAGCAAAAGGCAGGAGAGGGGAUUGUAAAGUUGUGUGAGAAUGUGUUUCUGCAGCAUUGAGUAUCACACUCAGCUCUACUAUAUAUUAAUUUUGUGAAACUGAAUGGCCAAACCUUAAUAUACCAAGAAACCCAGUGUGAAAGUGACUUUCAAGGUUCCUUCAUAAGACUAUAAAAUUUUCCGACACUUUGAUAGAAAAAAUAAAAUUCAAAGCUGUGCCUUUGAGCCUAUACUAUACUGUGUAUGUGUGGAAAUAAAAAUGUAUUGUACUUUUGGAAAAUUUUUUGUAGGCAUUUUUCUGUCAGAUUUGUAGUAAUAUGUGAGUUUGUUAGAGAUUAACAUAGGUUUUCUUUCUGUAUUAUAAAAUGCACCAAGCAAUUAUGGUGGACCUAUUACCCUAUGGGUAAGAAACAAAUGGAAAUAUGACAUCGGAUGUUUUAGCAAUUGUUCUGUAAAUAAAAAUCUUUGAUCACACCACCUAGUGUGAUAAUCAUGUCUACAGCUAAAAUGGAAAUAGUUUUAUCUGUACAGUUGUGCAAGAAAAGAAUGGUUUCACACUCAAAUAAAAAGUAUUGAAAUGA